AUGUCGCUCCCAGAAACUGCUCAGCACACCCGUCUCUUUCGCUCCCAAAUCGUCGCCAGAAGAUUCGACGACCAAUCCCUGAGAAUUCUCGAAUCGGUUCUUGCCUGCAAAGACGUGAAGUCGAUCAUGCAAACGCGGUCGAGCUUGAAAGACUUCAUGAGAUCGGAAUCUCUCGCUGUCAUUCGCGAGCUCUCACAGCGCACAGUCGAGCAGAAGCUUUCGGUCGUCGAGUUCUUUGUCCGCGCUUUCGCUCUGAUAGGCGACAUCGAGAGUUGUUUGGCGCUCAAGUACGAGGGAUUGCUGCUCCGGGAUAUCAAAUCCUCCGCUGAUCAGUGGAUGCGAGUCUCGUAUGAGGAGUGGCUGAAUUUCGCCGAGCACUCACUCGACAAUGGAUUUCAUGCCGUGGCUCGUCAGGCAUGUGACAAGGCCCUAUCAUGCCUUAGCAAUGCUGGUCCUGCAGAUACCAAAACUGGAGAACCUUUAAAACACGAUGAAGCAGUUGACGUAGUUAACAGGCUCAAGGAGCGUGCUCUGAAGUUUGGAGCUUCAAGCUCUGUCCAGGCACACACGGCAGAAUAUCUAAGAGGAAGGAUACUAGACAGAAGCCAAAAUCAUAUGUCAACUUCUAGGCAGUCGCAUCAUGUAGCUAGCAUUCUGUUUAGAAGCGCAAUCAAGAAGCGAAAUGCAAGGAAAUUACAUGAACGUAAAAGUGUGAGACAGAACAUCAACACAGUUGGUGCAAAUUUGCUUUCUUAA